AUGCCUCUCAUUUCGACCAUCGCCAGAGGACUGGCUAUCAUUGCCACUCUGCUUCCAGCCGUUCGUGCUGGAUUCGACCCCCUUUCAUCUAAUAACGUCGUCGUAUACUGGGGACAAAAUUCUUAUGGCGUCGGCACGGGGCCGUUGACGCAACAAAGGCUGUCAUAUUAUUGUAGAGAUUCGAAAAUGGACAUCAUUCCUCUUGCAUUUCUCACGAAUAUGGCGAAUCCAGACUCGCUUCAAUUCGCGAACCGUUCGCCUUCCGAGCUGGAGAAUGAUAUCCAGGAAUGCCAAAAGGUCUACGGAAAGACCAUCGUCCUUUCUUUGGGAGGAGAGAUCACCCACGGCUCUGGUUUUGCUUCUAACAUUGAGGCUAUUCAGAAGGCCCAACAGCUCUGGGCUGCAUUCGGUCCUCCAGGUGUCCCUGGCGCCAACAGAAAAUUUGGCAAUGCCGUCGUGGAUGGUUUCGAUUUCGACAACGAGAAGCCGUUAUCGAACUUGAUCUACUUCGCACGUGAACUCCGGAGACAAAUGUCGGAGUCCACUAAGAAGACUGGAAAGAAGUAUCUCUUGACUGCAGCACCACAAUGUCCUUUUCCGGAUCUGAACGUUGGCCCAGUACUAUCAAGCGACGUUGCAUUUGAUGCUGUCUUCAUCCAAUUCUAUAACAACCCCUUUUGUAGUGCUAAGGCAUUCGUUUCAGGUAUAGAGAAGCAACUCGGAUUCAAUUUCGAGACUUGGCAAAAUUGGGCAAAGCAGUCAAGGAAUCCCGACGUUAAGCUCAUGGUUGGUGUUCCUGCUGCACCCGGUGCUGCUGGCAGUGGAUUUAUUUCGGGCGAGAAGUUAGUAGAGGUUCUCGCAUAUUGCAAGAGGUUCUCGAACUUCGGUGGUGUUAUGUUCUGGGAUAUGUCGCAAGCAUGGUCGGCUCCUGAUGUUUUGAUCAAGGCACGAGCUGCUCUGGGAGGUUCACGUCCGGCGGCACCAGCUGUCCAGCAAUCUCCAAUUGCUUCUCCACCAAAAACAACGAGCAACGCAGUUACACAGCCGGCUGUAACGCCCACUCCGAAAUUUAAUCCUCCUGUUGCAGUGGCACCUUCACCAGUUGUUCCUCCUAUCGUUUCUCCAGUCAAGCCUAUGCCACCAAAGGCGCCUACGACUUUGAUCACCAAGACAAAUGACUCUAAGCCAUCUACAACUGCCAAGGUCAUCGAAGCUGUGGAGUCGGCCAAAACUCAGGCUCUUCCUUCCCCCUCACCUGGCCAACUUAUUGAAGUUGAGAUUGUUUGGGGGGGAAAUGAGCCAGGAGGGUUUGUACAUGAGUGGAAUCAAUGUGAUGGAAAGGAUUGGCACGGCGGACACACUUGCGAGCCCAACUUGUUCUGUGAACGACUUUCGGAGUGGUACUCUCAUUGCGUCUCAGCGGCAUUUAGAGGACACUGAUUUUUCUACGCCUCGGUUCACCUUAAUUUCUCGAAUAAUCUGUGGUCAUUUACGAGUCGGCAUAGCGAAGGCGUUUGGUUCUGUGUUUGAUUCUGUGAAAUUAAGGCGACACCUUUCAAGUACGUUGCUUGUGGUACAACUGGCAAGGGGGUAGUCUGCACCUGUGUAUUACAUAAGUCCAUCGGCAAUCAUUUUCAUUUCAAAUUAUGGCUAUCCUGUACAGUAUCAGUUAUUGAAAACGAAUACGAC